AUGAAGUUUCAAGUCCCACGACCAUCAGGCGGGAGCCUCGGACGAACAAAAAACAUCUUACAUUUCCUACAAGGAUUGUGUAUCUUCAUCGCAUGGGCCUUGACUAUUGCUAUCUGGACCAAAGGAGAUGGCAUCGAUGGACGCACAGGCUGGUACUGGGGUCUGUGCUGGCUGAGUAUCCCCGGCUUGAUCUACCUAGUGGCAGUGCCGAUGUGGCCGCGAGCCCGGCGCUUCGGUAACGUUUAUGCCUUCGCCAGCGUCGACAUUCUCUAUUCGAUCCUCUGGCUCAGUGCCUGGAUCUGUCUCGCCUCUUAUGUUGCUCAAGGAAAAUCCAAGGGCGCCGGCAGUGAAGAUGAUAAUAAGUCCGAUGCCGACUCCAAAUCCAGCCGCACUCGCAGGGCCGACGAUGCCGAUGCCGACACCAAAGAAAAGACUGGAUGCGAUAAUUGGGCAUACGGAAGCGCUGGAAAAUGCAAGCUGAGCGAAGCUACUACGAUUAUUGGCGUCUUUAUCUUUAUCCUCUUUGCCAUCACGGCCUGGAUGUCCUUCCGCAACGUGAUGCACUUCCGCCGCACGGGUACUCUCCCCGACGCCGUCUCCGAUCCCACCUUUGCCGCGCAGAGUAAAGCCGCUUUUUCGUCAAACCCCGCUCACGAUUUCGAGGAGGAUGAGGACGACUUCCGAUCUGGCCGAGGCGGUGGAAGACCCGCAUCAUCCCGCGGUGACCAGGAUGAGGACUAUGCUCUACUGCAGCAGAACGAGGUGGAUGACAUAGGCAACGCACACGGCCGGACCGCGAUGCAAGGCUCCUACGAUCCUACCGCCCCCGCUCCCGGAGGUGUUCUUCAUGAUUAUAACAGCACCGGCUACGGUGGCGCGCAUGGCCAGCACUAUGCCGAUACCUCUACACAGUUCAACCCGUCGGAAUAUACCCCGUCUGAGUACACCGCUCCCACUGGGUUUAACGGGUCAUCACCACACCGCAGCGCAUAUACUAACAGCUCCAAACAGCAACACCCAACCUUCCAACCCAAACCCGAGACCCAAAGUCUCCCCAAACUGCCCAAAAUGGCCAGCGAAAUUGAUAUCUACAACCAAUAUCCAUUGCACAUGGACCCAAGCUCCAAAGCCCUCUCACUGAUCCAAUCAUCCGCCCAAACACCCACCCAAAACGCCGCCAUCGCCACAGAACUCGAAGAACUAAACCAACUGCACCGCUCCCUCCUCAGCCUCGACCCACCAGGCACACCCCCAGCCCCACUGCUCACAAGCCCCAAGCGCAGCGCGCAGAUCGCCAAACUCCGCGACAGCGCUAACGCCGCCCACCGCAAAUCCAACUACGACGAGGCAAUCAAGCUGUACACAUACGCCAUCGACAUGGGAUUCAGCCGGCCGAGCUGGGAGGGCGUCGGCGUCGUGCGGGAAGAGUUGGCGGGUCUGUAUGCGAACCGCGCGCAGGCGCAUAUGGCAAAGCAGGCGUGGCCGGAGGGCUUGGUUGAUGCCAAGUCUAGUGUUGACUCGAAGCCUGUUGGGAAUGUCAAGGCGUGGUGGCGCAUUGCGAAGUGUCUUGCGGAGAUGAGUCGGUAUGAGGAGGCGCGCAAGUUCUUGCAUAAGGCGCUGGAUAUGGAGGGGAAGGACUCUGAGGGUGGGAAGGAGUUGUUUGGGUUGUUGGGGGAGGUUGAUAGGGCUCUUUUGCGGGGUGCUUCUGCAUGA